AUGGAGCUUCUAUGUGACCUCAUGGAGGCCUCGAGCCGGCGUGGUGUCCCCGUCUAUCUGCUUCUGGCCCAGGAGCACCUCAGGCACUUCCUGGAGAUGUGCUACAAGAUGGACCUCAAUGGGGGUCACCUGCCGAAUAUGCGCGUGCGCAGCACGUGUGGGGAUACUUACUGCAGCAAGGCAGGCCGUCGCUUCACGGGGCAGGCCCUGGAGAAGUUCGUCGUCAUCGACUGUGAGCAGGUGGUGGCGGGCAGCUACAGCUUCACCUGGCUUUGCAGCCAGGCCCACACUAGCAUGGUGCUACAGCUGAGAGGCCGCAUCGUGGAAGACUUUGACCGAGAGUUCCGCUGUCUGUAUGCUGAGUCUCGGCCUGUGGAGGGCUUCUGUGGUGGCGAGGAUCCCGUGUCUCCUAGGGCACUGUGUCCUCCCCCAGUGGCCCUGGGCUUCGGGCCUGCUGUGCCAAGCCCCACUUCCUCCUCACCCUCCAGCACCAGCCUCAGCAGCAUCAAACGCUCACCUCUGAUGGGCCACUCCUCUUACCUCGCUCCACCGGGAGGGGCUGGCUGCAGUGACACGGGUGUGGUGUCCUCAUCCCUGGGCCCCGCCCGCCGCGAGGCCAGUGGCCAGUCCUCUCUGCAACGCCAGCUCUCAGACUCAAACCAUGGCUCGCUGCUAGGGCUCUACAGGUCCAAUCUAGGCAAGCUGGGGGCGUCCCCAUGGUCCCAGUCCUCUCCUGCCCUCAACCACAAUGGUGCUAGUCCCUUAACCUUAGCAGUGGGGUCACCUCUGCUUGCUCGACAACGCCCCCUCCUCCCCUUCCCCCAGGGGGCUGUAGCCCUGUCCCGGCUCCCGGAAAAUGGGCUUCUGGGAAGCCAGGAGUGUAGCCCCCAACGAGGUCGCUGGGUACCUGGUACAGCCCUGGAGACAGUGGAGGAGAAGAAGGUGUCUCUGAGUCAGAGCCAUAGCCAGUUGGAUCUCCUUGUCCCCUUCCCCAGAGCCAGAGAAGCUGGAGGCCCUGAUUCUGGAGUUAACCCCAACUCAAGCUCCCCCUGGCCUGGAGAACAGGCCCCAGAGGACAGGAAGUUGCCCCCAAACCAGAGAUACAACCAGCUGGAUCUCCUGCCCCAGACCCAGGGUGCUGGGGGUACCCCUGAGUCAGGUUCCCCUAGACCUGGCAACCGAACCCCGGAGGACAAGAGGCUGUCCUCAAACCACAGCCACAGCCAACUGGACCUCCUGGCACAGUAUCCCAAGGGUGGGGGCUCCAGAGUGCCCCCUGAAGCCAGCUCCUCAGCCAGGGCUGGCAAGCAGGGUCAAGAUGAGCGACGACGGACACUGGGCCACAGCCAGCUGGACCUCAUCACAAAGUUUGGCCCAUUCCGGGGCGAGGGACCUGGGCCCAAUGGUCUCCCCAGACCAAGCCCUGCUCGAAAGGCUGGAGUGGGCUCUGGGGAUGAGAAGCGGCUGACCCUGGGCCACAGCAAGCUGGACCUCAUCACCAAGUAUCAUCAGUUGCAGGGUGCCAGGCAAGGACCUGAGCCUGGCCUCCCCGGGGGCCCCACAGGUGGACAUCACAAUGGCAGUAACAAUGGCCUGUUUGGGGAUGAGAAGCGGCUGACCUUGGGCCACAGCAAGCUGGACCUCAUCACUAAGUACAACAAGUCCAAGUUCAAGCUGCUUCGAAGCCGCUUUGAAUCCUAGUCCUGCUCCCAGCGGGGACGUGUCCCUCCUCCAUCUACUUAGACUCUAGAUUUAUUGAAGUUCCAGACUCCCGGGCGCUCCAGCAGGGGCUGCAUGGAGAGCAGAGGGUGUCUAGAAGCCCAGGUUAAAUACUCACUGGGCUCGGGAUUGUUUACACACACACACA